AAGCUGCAAGCCUUCGACAAAACGCGUCUUUCUUUCACUAUGCACGGUGUAUUGAUAUUAGCUUCUUAAAAUGAGCCCCUGAAAACCAUUUUUUUUUAAAAAAAACACAGCGUCCCAAAAGCUCAAAGGUGAGGCUUCGGAAAACACACACAUUGAACUUUAACAUUUACGACCUUGAGUUACUGAGCUAAGGAAGGCGCCUCGCCAGGGAUAAUCCUUCUGAAGCAACCGGAAGAAAGGCAUCAGCCUUAAAUUGCCUCCAAAACCCGGGGACGGUCCGGGAAGCAAGGGAUGGCUACUAACUUGGAGGUAGAUUUGUCUUGUCCAGUUUGCCUGGAGGUCUACCGAGACCCGGUGCUGCUGAGGUGCGGGCACAACUUCUGCAAAGACUGCAUCGAGAGGUACAUCGGGGAGUCUGGGGGGGCACUGAGCUGUCCCCUCUGCCGAGCGGAGUUCGACCGGGACUCGUUCUACUGCAACCGGCAGCUGGCCAACGUGAUAGCCGGAGUGUUGGGCCUGCGGCUCAGCGGCGGGGGGCAGGAGGGCAGCCUGCACUGUGAGGAACAUGGGAAAGCCCUGGAGCUCUUCUGCCGGGACGACAAGCGGCUCGUCUGCUUGGUCUGUGCACUCUGCCAGGAUCACAAGGGCCACGACUGCGUCCUGAAAGACGAAGCGUAUAAGGAGUGCAAGGAUACACUGAAAUGUGAAAUUGCAUCGUUGGAAGAGGUGUUUAAAAAGUAUACCACAAUGCACACGUCACAGGGGCAAGACAUCACACAACUAUUGGACAUGACAGAAAGGCUAAGAGAAGAUAUUGCAGUGAAAUUUGAAACCUUGCAUGAGUUUCUGAAUAUGAAGGAACGUGCAAUCGUACAGAACCUCACAGAAAAAGAAGAAUGUAUUCUGAAACAGCUGGAGGGUAAUGUCUUGAUACUUUCAAGAGAGCGUGACAACGUGGAAGCAAUAUUACAAGAUAUGUCAGCCAUGGUAAAUUCAGAAGACAGCAACCAGUUACUGAAGGAAUUUGCCAGUCUUAAGCAAAGGUCUGAAUCAAUUUACAAUCCGGUACUGAACAGACCAGACAUCAAACUGGAUGAAUUUUAUGGUCCCCUACUCUAUGGAGUGUGGAAACAGAUGAAGAAUGUUAUUAAAAUAGUUCCGAGUCCGCUUCGGUUUGACCCCAAAACAGCCAAUCCCCGCCUUCGCAUAUCAAAUCUUGGACGUAAACUGAUUUACUGCAAGAUACAAUCAGAGCCGCCAGAAACUCCUGAGAGAUUUACGAACCACCUUAGUGUUAUCACCUCGACCGGUUUAACCUCCGGAACUCAUUACUGGGAGGUAAAUGUCAGCGAAGGCUCUGACUGGUUUCUCGGAGUGGCCGCAGCGUCCGUCAACAGGAAGGUGUGCGUUGGAACCAAGCCCGAGAACGGCUAUUGGACUAUAGCCCGUGGAUGUGGGGUAAAUUACUUUGCUUACGACAAAGAAAGAGUGAUCAUCAGUCCUGAUAUUAAUCUAGAAACGGUCGGCGUGCACCUUGAUUACGAGAGAGGGAAGCUGUCAUUCUAUGAUGCCGAGGACAUGUCCCAUAUCUAUACGUUCAGUGACACGUUCACAGAGGAACUUUACCCGUAUUUUAGCAUCAAUUGCAAUGAGCAAUCUGUAGCGCCAACCUUAGAACUGUUUCAUCUGGAGCUUGUGAAACUGAAAGUUACCAUGGCGUCCUUGCAAGUGCUGGAGAGUAUGAAGGGCGAGGCGGUCUGCUCGAUCUGCCUGGACUUCUACGACGACCCGGUGACCAUAGACUGCGGCCACAACUUCUGCCGGGCGUGCAUCCAGGGCUACUGGGCGCCGCUGCGGGGCAAAGUGCAGUGCCCGCAGUGCAGGAGCCAGUUUGCCCAGAGGAACCUGCGGCCCAACCACUUCGUCUCCAACAUGGUGGAGGGCGUGAGGAAGCUGAGCCUCGGCCAGGGGGAGCCGGCCUCCCGGUGCCCCUACCACGACGAGAAGCUCAAGAUGUACUGCCGGGAGGACCAGCGGCCGAUCUGCGUGGUGUGCUCGGUCUCCCGGGAACACCAGGGCCACUCCGUCAGCCCCAUCGCCGAGGCAGCGGAGCUCUACAAGUGCAUGGUGCCUUGCUUCCAGAGUUUUGUGAACUCGUGUUGUUGUUCACUUCAACAGCAGCAGGCUGGGAGUCUGCAGAAGAACAUUGUGGCGAAGUUUGACCAGCUGCACCAGUUUCUGCAUCAGCAGGAGCAGAGCCUUCGAACAAAGCUGCAGCAAAAGGAGGCGGCGACUCUGCAGAAGCUGGAACAAAAUCUGGACAAGAUCUCCGAACAGCGCCUCGCUGUUGAACGGACAGUGGCAGAAAUACAGAAGAGGCUGACUCUGCAGGAGGCCGACUUCCUGAAGGAUGUCAUUGCCGUUCUCGACAGGCCUGCCAUGCAGUUUGAGAAGCCUACGAAAGUGCCCGCUGAUCUCGGCUUUGGUGAAUUUUCAGGCCCCCUACAGUACAUGACUUGGAAGCAGAUUGUGAAGCUGAUUAGUCCAGUUCCAGCCGCUCUGCAUCUGGACCCGAGCACAGCACACCCCCGGCUGGUGGUGUCAGACUGCAAGGCCAGCGUGAAGUUCAGCGAUAGCAAGCAGCAGGUCCCUGACCUGCCGGCGAGGUUCACGAACUGGCACAGCGUGCUGGCGCGCGAGGGUUUCAAAUCGGGCCAGCACUACUGGGAGGUGGAGGUGGGCAACAACAGCACCUGGGCGGUGGGGCUGGCGAGGGAGUCCGUGCCACGCAAGAAGGAUUUCUCGCCGGAGCCGUGUGCUGGUGUCUGGGCCUUGUGGCGGCUGAAGGAUGAGUACACCACCCUGGCCAUGCCUCGGACCGCCCUCCCCAUCCGCACUGGCCCUCGAACCCUGGGAGUCUACCUCGACUAUGAAGCGGGUCAGGUGUCACUGUACGAUGCGGUCAACCUGUCUCAUCUCUGCACCUUCACCGAUAAAUUCAGUGAGAAAGUCCACCCCUUCUUCCUAACAGGCUGUGCGCUUGACCAGUUGAAACUCGUCCACUUUCAGAUAUAAAACGCAAGAUCUCGGUGUGAGGCAAGGUCAUUUGGCCAGUUGAGUCUCUGCCAUUCAUUGCUGAUCUCAUCAUCCUCAACUCCAUUUCGCUGCCUCUUCCUCAUUCCAUCACUGAUUAAAACUCUCGCUAACUCAGCGUUGAAUAGACAUUAUCAUCGGGUCUCCUCAAUUUCAGCUAUCUGAAGUCUCGUUAACUGUUCCAUUUAAAAGAAUAUUUCAUUAAUGACAAAGCAGGGACCGUAUUCGUGAGAAUUGCUAACUUUUCAUUCACAGGAAUAAAAAUGUACUCCAUUAUUCCUUCAGAUGUUUUGAGCUAAACCUCUAGAGGUCCAUCCCAAAGUCUCACUCACCUUUCUGCCACCUGCCCGACCUUCAAAAUGCACCUUAAAAGAUGCAGGGUUUGGUUAAGGAACCAUUAAUGGAUCUUGACCUUCUCUGUCAAUCUGAACAGUAAGUGAUUACCACGCUUCAGAAAUCAGUGAUUGUCAUUGGAAUGGAACUCCAUCUCCUGAAAGUAUCGCACAUCAUUUGUGAAGUGUGGUGAACUGAAGAGUUGUGAUGCAUUUAGUAUUUCUGGUCUUGGCAUUCAUAAAUAUAGUUAUAAUUAUCAAGAUCAUAAGGAGUCCAGACAUGAUUUUAAUCAAUGCCCCAUACACAACCUUCAACAUUCACUCCCUUCACCAAUGGCGUUCAGUGGCAGCAGUGCGUAACAUCUACAAGAUGCACUACAGAAAUUCACCAAAGAUCCUCAGACAGCACCUUCUAAACCAUGACCACUGCCAUCUAGAAGGACAAGGGCAGCUGCUAUAUGGGAACACUAUCGCCUGCAAAUUCCCCUCCAAGCCCGUUACCAUCCUGACAUGGAAAUAUAUCGCAGUUCCUCCAAUGACACUGGUCAAAAUUAUGGAAUUCCCUCCCCAAGGACCUGGGCUGCAUCAGUUCAAGAAGGCAGCUCAUCACUGCUUUUUCAAGGGCAACUGAGAAAGGCUGGCCCAGCCAGUGACGCCCACAGCCUUAGAACACAAGACAUAAGGUAAAUAAAGCAAGUUUCAUGAUCUUUGAUGUCUAAUGGACAAAGAAAUGUGAGAUGGUGGAACAUUUAGUUAAUGCUGUUUGUCCUUUGACUUUCAUCUCACUGCACAACACCUGAUUCACAUGUGACUCUGGUGGAGGAGUGGAUUGAUAACCAACUCCCUGACGGAUGAUUUGCGAACGAGCUUUCAAGUUUGAAUGGGAAAUGGUGAGGAACCAGUGUUACAACUUUAUCAGGCUUCACAAGUAGUUCGAGAGGGAAAGAGAGAGCUUCAGUGAUUUUCUCUUAUUGACUCAGCGAGCUGUCAGUUUAUUUAACAACUCGCAUCUCGGAUCGAUAGGAACAUGCAGAAACUUCGAGACAGAGACUGUUGCAAGGCAGUGAACAGCUCAUCCAUGACUUCUGCAUAUCUGCUUGUCCUGCAAUCAAACAAUAAAAUCCAUCUCUUAGUGCUUCUUAAAAGGUUUCCUUAGAUUCUCUGAAAAUUACUUGCUUUCCAAGUGAACAGCAGAUAUUCUACACUUGUAUAUUCACCCCUUGUUUUCAAGAAAUGACAUGAUAAAAUCUUUCUCCAAAGAAAUAUUCCAUGUUCCUGUGUUAUUCCUGAUGAAGGGCUUUUGCCUGUCGAUGCUGCCUGUCGAUGCUGCCUGAAUUGCUGUGCUCUUCCAGCACCACUGAUCCAGAAUCCUGUUUCUCAUAGCCCAUUAACAUAUAUGUAUCCUCAACAGUAAUAUUGCCAGAAUAUUUACAUACCAAUCAAAAUGUUUGUGCAUAUUUGGAAUGAAUGUAAUUUGUGAACAGUCGGAUGAUGAUGUGACAAAAUACAAGGAGAAACACACUGAAGUAAUUCAACUGCUCCAUCCUUGGGCAGAGAUAUCAGUAUUCUGGUGGAAUCAGGUGAACAGAAAAUACUGACCAGGGUUCCUGUGCUGAUUAAGGAAAACAAAAAUUUUGUUUUUAUUCUUAACAUGUAAAUUAUAAUCACAAGGAAGUAGCUGUGAGCAGCAAUGUGGUUCUAUUCAAUAAAACUAUGCCCCUUUUUCCAACCUCUACAUACACAUAAGGAUGCCCGUGCACAGGCCCGCCCACGCGCACGCAUACACACACAGUAAAAUAAAAACAGUUGUGUGGAUGGAGCAAAAUAAACUGAGGAACACAAUUCAGUUGCACCAGUCCACAAGUGUAAUGUCUAAUUGGGUUUGUAUUACUCAAAUACAUCAAUACUUAUUCAUGCUAAGUGUUGGGACAAAUCUGGUUACCUUUUCUGUCCCUGUUUCUUACAAAAUACUUGAGAUUUGAUGGACAACUAAUUAAUCUGCUAAUAUUGACAGGCCACAUUUACCAGUGCAUGCAAUUCAACUUGAAAUGUUUUGUUUUGGGUUUUUUCAUUCUUUGUUCAAUUCAUUUGCUUCUGUAUUUGUUUUUCUUACCUGACAAUUCCAGGUUACUAAUUUAGUUAUCAAUUUAAAAUAUAUAUUUCUAUGUAUACAUUUCAACAUCUUUGGUUCUGAUGAAUUGAUUGCUAUAAAUAUUCUGUCAGUAAAUAAAAGUAGUCAUAAUGUAA